AAGAAAAAGCCGCUGCUCGUCUGAGCCGCUUUAAUCCCUCGAUUUAUAAAAAUAAAAACACGUUAUUGUGUCUGGCUCUGAGGAUUUAAAACCUUGUUCUGCUUUAAAACCCUGAGCUCUUACGGUGUUUGUGAAGAAAGGUUGUGAAGGAAAGGAAGUAUAUUUGUAUUCAAAUUAAGGAUGACGGCUGAACAUAAUAAAUGCUUCUUGAAACAUCAGUAAGCUUCAACAUUGGCUGGCUGGGGUUCGCUAUAGUAAGAGCUUGCCCUCAUCGAUCCGACGACUUGCUGCCAUUAUGACGGGCCAUGAUGGAGGGUCUUCACGGCGUGCCUGCUGCUACUACUUCGCCAUGUGCUGUCUACAUGGAUUCAUCAUGAACAUGUCCCGACGUGUCGGCACGUGAUCCACUUCGGCAAUCCAGGCAGCGGUUUCAUGGAUUCGAUGCAAUGGUCAAGUACGGUCACAUUCACUGACAUUGAAGCAGAACUGAGAGUACACACCUAUAUUACACAGUCUACAGACUGCAACAAAGUGAGCUCCACAUGAACAGCCCUUUUAGACUGAACCAGUGAACUUUUCAUACUCAUCUUCUCAUCUACAGCAAAGGAAAGAAACUGUUGCUUACACUCGCACAUGGACACAUUCACAUACACACUUUUUUUUUAUUAAGGACAUUUUAUAUUUUUUCAUGCCAAGUACUUUGAGAAGUGUGUUUAUUACAGUACUUACCUGGACAUUUACAGUUGUUUGAGUGUCUGCAUGUUAAUGCAGCUCUGCUAGUUGUUCAUGCUCAUAUUCUGAUAUUUGCAUUUCAAGUACUUUAAGGUUUGCCUUUAUUGUAAUACUUACCUGGAUAUCCACAGCAACUUUCUGUUUAUUGCAAAGGUUCGAUCAUACUUGAGGUUUCUUCUGACUUAAUAAUUUCAAAUUGAGUUGAUAAUGUCAAAGUCAGGUAGCUUCAAGGAGACAGAGGAGCAGAGGCCUGGUUCCCAGCACAAAGUUCAAGACUUCCAGAGUGAGCUCCACUCAGUGGCGAUUGUAUCUGAGACACCUGACCUGAAGGAACCUGAAGGGCCUCGACGCUCUGAACAUGCGCGGAACCUGACAGAGAAAAUGCGUGCACUGCAAGAUGAAGAGGCCAAGAAAAAGGAGAAAUGGCUGCUCUCCAUGUACAAAAAAUGGAAGCUCGACAUAUGCAAAGUAAGAGAUCAGCUGAAGACGUACAUGCCAGAGAGUGAGCUCUUGCCUCUCAUUGAAGAGCUUAAGAAAGUGAAGGAAGACGUAAUGAGCCUGUAUUUUGGAAUUCGAGAUCUUGCCACACUUUCCACCGGCGUGAGAAGAGGAGUUGACACUUGCGAAUCAGUUACCACAGAAAUCAUCGCCAUUGCCUACGGCAGAGCAAUAGACGAAGAAGGUGAGUUUAAUGAGGACAUGGAAAGAUGCCGCCUUCAUGAACUGCUCCACCGUGACUAUGCAAAGUCUGUCUAUGGAUCUGCUGCUUCCUUGACAAGUCACAGCAAGUCUGACCAACACUCCACAGCUUCGUCCAUGGCAGCCAAGUGUGCAGCUGCAGAGCUAGCAGUGAAGGAAGCAAAUUAUGAAAUGAUGGGGGCAGAAGAAAGACAAAGAGAAGUCAUCCGAGAGUUAGAGGAACAACAACAGAAGGCUCUGGAGGCACAAAGGCAUGAGUUGGAGCGAUUGCGGGCAGCUCAAGCUAAGCUAAAGGUAUACGAUAAAGAGACGGAACAUGAAGCUGCUGACUGCAUUAACGAUGAAAGGAAACAGUGUGUGCCUGUAACUGCAGUCUCUCUAUCUCAUGUUGCAAUACCCCCUCACACAGAUGUUUCCCCUCUUGUUCGGGUCUUUCAAGGCAGCAUAGCCUUAAGUAGGCUCCCUGUUCCAGAGCCAUUUGUCUUCAAUGGUGAUGCAAUUCCAUUGAAUAGAAAGCAGCGUUUACCUCACUCAUUGACCAAAGAGCAAUCGCACCAGUUGAAAAACUAUUAUCUGAAGAAAUAUGUUUGUGGUCCAGCAUGCCAGGUGCUAGAAGGCACUUUCUUCCGGAAUGAUGAUGAAGCCUAUCAGGAGGCAUGGAACAAGCCAAAUCGUCGCUUUGGCCAGCCAUUCGCCAUUCAGCGAGCAUUCAGAGAGAAGCUCACCAAUUGGCCAAGGAUUCGACCUAAGGAUGUUCAAGGACUCAGAAACUUCUCAGAUUUUCUGAAUGCCUGUCAAGAUGCCAUGCCUCACGUCAAGGGUCUUGACAUACUAAAUGACUGUGAGGAGAGCCAGAAGCUUGCACACAAACUACCAGACUGGGCAGCUUCACACUGGAACCGACAAGUCACCCAGUGCCUGAACGAGAAGCAAGAAUUUCCAAGUUUCAAGGACUGUGCAACAUUUGUGUCAACUGAAGCUGAGAUUGCCUGCAAUCCAAUUACAUCGCUUCAUGCUCUUCCUUCAUCAGACUCGAACACUGAGAAGAGAAAUCUGAGACACAAAGAGAAACAAGGCCAGUGUUCUCACCACUCGCACAGCUACAGACAACACAAAUCAAAGGUCAGACCAGAAAAGGGCUAAAGCUCCAUGCAUCCUUUGUCAAGAUAACAGACACCAACUUCAUGCAUGUCCCAAGUUCACAGGGAUGUUGGCAGAAUGACGGAACCACGUAAAGGAGAAGAAACCAUGUUACGGAUGCUUAAAAUCUGGACACGGCGCAAAAGACUGUCAUCAUAGUCACUUCUGUGACAACUGCAAAGGAAGGCAUCCUACAGUCCUCCAUGAUUACAACCAUGGAAAGGAAAGGUGUUCAUCUGAAAUAGGGAUGACUCCAAGUGCUGCUGCUGCAACAUCCACUCAGUGUAACAGGCGAAGGCUCAUCCUACACAUCGAUGGUAAUACCAGUGUGGGUGUCAACUAAAAACAGUUCAACAGCUGAGAAGCUUGUCUAUGCUCUACUUGACACUCAAAGCGAUAGAACAUUCGUCGACCAAGAAGUGAGCGACCGUCUAAUUGCUGACAAGUAUCCAGUGAAUUUGACCACCAUGAGUGGAAAAAACAGUUCUCCAAAGUGAGAGUGUCUCCGGCCUUUGUGUAAGGGGACACAGUUCUGCUAUUCAGGUUGAUCUUCCAGUUGCCUACACGAAGGAUUGCAUACCCGUUAACCAUGCUCGCAUUCCCACUUGUGAGACGGCUAAACAAUGGAGUCAUCUCAGAGAAAUGGCAGACGAAAUCCAACCACUAAAGGACUGUGAAGUAGGACUUCUUAUAGGCUACAACUGCUCCAGAGCCAUGGCACCAAGGCAGGUCAUCCUAGGAGGAGAUGAGGAACCCUGUGCAAUACGGACAGACUUAGGAUGGACUAUUGUGGGGCGCUCAGCCCAAGGCCAUGAUCCGUUGAGCACAAGUCACCUGUGUCACAAAAUCACAGUUAAAGAGCUGCCUCUGGUAACUUCUGCCAAUGCUAUUCGCAUUCUAGAAUCUGACUUCAAGGAUGGCAGUGAAUACAGCAAAGCAGUGUCACAAGACGACAUUGCCUUCCUUCAUAAGCUAGAUGAGGGUAUACGGAAAAACACGCAUGGCCACUAUGAAAUGCCCCUGCCCUUCAAAAACAGACCUAGCUUGCCUGAUGAUAAAGACUCAGCCAUGAUACGCCUCAACCACCUGAAAAGGAAACUGCAACGGGACGAAAGGUAUAAGGAGCAGUAUGUCGAGUUCAUGGAGGAGGUAAUCGAGAAGGGAGAUGCAGAGCAGGUUGAAGAUGGUGGGAGUGAAGGUGAGAUGGUACGUUCCUCAUCACGGUGUUCGCCAUGCAAAGAAGCCGGAAAAGCUUCGCGUAGUGCUAGAUUGCGCGGCCAGAUGCGACGGAACCAGCCUAAAUGACCACCUCCUCUCUGGUCCUGACAUGCUGAACAAGUUGAGUGGUGUUCUCAUUUGCUUUUGACAACACCCUGUUGCUCUGAUGUGCGAAAUUGAUGGAAUGUUUUUUUUCAUGUGUAUGAGGCUGAUCGCAACUACCUGUGCUUUCUCUGUCGGAAGCAAGGAGACUUGAACUCACUGCCCAGCGAGUUCCGGGUGAAGGUGCAUCUGUUCGGUGCUGCUUCCUCUCCUGGAUGCGCAAACUACGGGCUGAAGCAUCUAGCUAAAGAGAAUAGCAACCUCUACCCUAAAGGCUCCCGGUUCAUCAUGAGGGAUUUUUAUGUAGACGACGGGCUUGCCAGUGUUGAAAGCACUGAAGAUGCUAUUCAGCUUGCCAGAGAAGCUUGCAAACUGUGCACCACGGGUGGUCUGCGACUACACAAGUUUGUGUCGAACGACGGAGACGUCCUAGAGAGUAUACCACCCUCAGAACGAGCAACUAAUGUGAAAAAUAUGGACCUCCCCUUCGACAACCUGCCACUUGAGAGAGUCCUAGGGAUUCAGUGGGAUGUGGAAUCCGACCACUUCCGGCUUAACGUUAGCCUAAAGGAUCAGCUUGCAACACGUCGCGGCAUCCUGUCUGUAGUGGCUUCCUUGUAUGACCCUCUCGGGUUUGUGGUGCCUGUUCUGCUCAAAGCGAAGAUCCAUUCUUCAGGAGAUGUAUAGGCGAGGCACAGGCUGGGACAAUCCUCUCCCAGAUGAACUUUGUCCAAAAUGGGAACAGUGGAGAAGUGAUCUAGCCCAAUUAGAUAAUGUUACCAUGUCCUGUACCUACUCACCUGCUGGAUUUGGAAAGGUCACAAAGACAGAGCUGCAUCAUUUCUCGGAUGCUAGCCUUAAGGGUUAUGGCCAGUGCUCAUACUUGAGACUUCAAAAUGAAGAGGGACAUGUUCACUGUGCCUUAGUUGUAGGAAAGGCACGCGUCUUACCAUCCAAGGUUACAAAUGUUCCGAGAUUGGAACUAACAGCCGCAGUUGUUUCUGUGAAGAUGAGCAACAUGCUCAAGGACGAAUUUGCAUCUACUGGGAUUGAGGAGUUCUUCUGGACUGAUUCUAAGGUGAUCUUGGGAUACAUCAACAAUGAAGCAUGACGAUUCCACACCUUUUGUAGCUAAUCACGUUCAGAAGAUUCAUCUCAGCUCGGCCCCUCAGCAAUGGAGAUGCGUCCCAACCAAUGAGAAUCCUGCUGACCAUGCUUCUAGGGGCUUGACUCCCAGCGAGCUUCGUUCAUCCACCUGGCUCACUGGACCCAAGUUCUUAUGGAACAAGGAAAUGAAGCUGCCUGUUGCUGAGAUUCCAGAGUUAAUGAUCGGAGAUCCAGAGGUCAGAAGUGCUCUAGUGCUUGGCACAAGAACCACAGAAUGAGUAAGCCUUGUUGAUCGCUUAUCUAAGCUCUCAGCUUGGUCACUGGCUACUCGAGCUGUUGCACGCAUACUAAGGUGCAUCAGCAAGAACAGAUCAAACAGUCUCACCACUGUAACAGAACGAGAACAUGCAGAACGUUGUAUAAUCAUAGACCUGCAGAAAAAUGUGUAUCAAGAGGAGUUGAAACGGCUGAGCAAAGGGAUCCCCCACCAUCUCAAAAUCCAUUAUACUCACUUGAUGCCUUCCUCGACAAAGAUGGCAUCCUCAGGGUGGGAGGUAGGCCGUGCAGCUCUUCUCUUCCCGACUCCAUCAAGCACCCUGCAAUCGUGCCCGAGGAUCAUCACAUUGCAAAGAUGAUCAUUGCUCAUCACCACGAAAGGAUGAAACAUCAAGGCAAAGGUCUUGCCAUUAAUGACAUCAGGUCCCAUGGCUACUGGAUUCCUGGCAUCAAUCAGGCAGUAGCAUCCUACAUUUGUCAAUGCGUUACCUGUAGACUGCUUCGGAAACCAACGGAAGAGCAAAGGAUGGCUGAUCUACCCCCCUGAACGUGUGGAACCAUCACCCCCCCCCCCCCUUUUACCUUCUGUGGAAUGGGCUACUUUGGUCCAUUUUUCACAAAGCAGGGUAGAAAGGAGAACGAGGUGUAUGGUCUUCUCUUCACUUGCCUUAGCUCCAGCGCCAUCCAUAUUGAGAUGCUUGACGACAUGUCCACCGACGCCCUCAUAAAUGAGCUACGAUGCUUUAUUGCCAUAAGUGGCACUGUUCGUCAAAUCAAGUCUGAUCAAGGAAGCAACUUUGUUGGAGCCAAAAAUGAACUCAAAGAAGCUCAAAGAAGUCAGUGCAGACUGGCUGGCUGCAUUUCUUGCUGAGAAACAAUGCGAGUUCAGCAUGAAUGCACCCUAUUCAAGCCAUGUCGGAGGGGUGUGGGAGAGACAGAUUAGUACAGUGAAAGGCAUCCUAAGGCCACGCUUGCUCUUUCUUCUGGUAGGCUAAACGAUGCUUCACUACGAGCUUUCCUCUAUGAAGCUAUGGCAGUUGUCAACAGCCGUCCACUGACUGUUAACAACCUCAGUGACCCCCCCCCACUCACACACACACACACAGCCUCGAGCCACUCACCCCAAUCAUCUCCCAACUAUAAAAUAUGUCAAGGCCUUGCCUCCUCCAGGUGAGUUCAUCAGAGAAGACAUGUAUAGCAAGAAAAGGUGGCAACAUGUUCAGUACCUGGCAGAACAGUUUUGGAGUCUAUGGCGAAAGGAAUACCUAGCCAACAUUGCCCUCAGACAGCGCUGGCAUACUCCCAGGAGAAAUCUGCAAGUUGGAGAUAUCGUAAUGAUGAAAGGAGAGGAUGUGCACAGGAACGAGUGGAGGUUGGGCAGAGUUUCAGAAAUCACUACUGACAAAGACGGACUAGUAAGGAGAGUUAAGGUCUGCCUUGGUGACAGCAAGCUUGGCAAGAAAGAGGAGUGUCUCACAAGAUGUCUGAAGUGGAGCGCCCAGUCCAGAAGCUAGUCUUGCUGCUGGAGACUGAUUAAGCCUGUUCACCCUAUAGUUAAUAAUACCUUCCAGCUAUAGCUUGUAAGCUCAUAGUUCAUGGUUUAAAAGGGUUUUCCACCUUCUAAACAAGUUAUUUCUAUAGGGAAGGUCAUUUUCAGUUUGAAAUCAUUCGUGCCUAAUGUAAACCGUAUACUGUUCCAUUAUUUACUCAUGAUUGGUGGGAGUGUAAAUGACUCUUAGUGAUGGUAUAUAAGCAAGUUAACUACUUCCUGUAAGUUUUAUUUUUGUUAGUGCCUUUUACGUUUUUGGGUUUUUUUUAUUUUGAAGCCCUUCUGGCGUACUCUCAUCUGAGAGUCAGGAACUUGCGCAUAGGUGUUCACACGUGAACGGCAGCCAAUUGAAGAGUGUACGGAAGGAAAAGGUGUAUUGAAGACGUUGCCUUGCAAUGUAAAGUUUUAUUAUGGAUAAUUAAGCACCUAGCUGGAAAUGGGAACAAGGUAUUGUGUGUUUCAACUUGUUUUAUGACUGUUUGCUGUGAUGUGUUAUCCUAAUUAACUGCCGAAAGGGUGUUUACAUAUACAGGGCUUGAAAUUUGCGGUGGUCCGGUCGCCUGAGGCGACUUAAUUUCUCAUUUGGCAAAGUAAUUCCUGUCGCUAGCCAGCCCGGCUGGCUAGUUGAAAAUAAAAAGAAGAUAUAUGAAGCGAAGAUUCAGACACACCGUCAACUAAAGCCGCCACAUAUUAAGCGCGUGCCAUGUCCGUGUUCAUCAGGCUGUCGUUUUUUUCACUACUGCGCAUGCAUAUAACAAACAUCCCAAAUCUCCCGGAAGUUCCGAGAGUCUCCCGCAUAUUGAUAGUGGCUCCUUGACAGUGUUGCCAGAUUGGGUGGUUUUAAGUGCAUUUUGGUGGGUUUUGAACAUAUUUUGGGCUGGAAAACGUCAGCAGUAUCUGGCAACACUGCUCCCUGAUGCCCGCAAAUUGGCGAAUAUCUCCCGGAAUCUAGAGCAAGAGCGUGCACGCGAAACAUUAAUGUCUGUAUCGCGUAUAUGACGGAGUGCGCGAGGGAGACUGCGUGUGUUCCUGUUCAUGAAGUGCAUGCUAGACAAAGAGCAUCCUGAUUGGUUUACAGACAUCCCAACCUGCAGACCGGGGGGAGAAAAAGUCCAAUAUAUUUAUUAUUUGUUGAUUAUUAUAUUAUGGUGCUAUGUGUUGUUCUCAUUUAUGUAUUUAACAACAGUAUCAAAAUACUCCGGCUCUUGAAAUAAAUGCACAUUAGUCAUGAACAAUGUAGACAGGUCAUGACAGGGGAUAAUCAGAAAAAAUUUGGGGUCAGAAUUUUUAUUGUUGAUUAUAGUUCUGUAAACAAUCCAGAAUUUAGUUCAAUUUGGGGACAGUCAAAAUUUUCAAUAUGGCUGCCAAAAUCCAAGAUGGCCGAUUUUCGCUAAAACUUCUCAUUUUUUCAAACAAUAAUUUAUAUUUUGCCAUAUUUUAACAGGGUAUGGGGGCCUUAUAUGAUUCCUGAACAUUUUAUAAUAUUGUAUAAUAAUUAUUAGGCCUACAGCAAAACUUAGUCAUCAAAUUUGUAAUUGUGGAAAUAGUUUCACUUUAGGGUGAGCAUGUGAGCAUAGGGUGAGCAAUGAUAACAUCUUUAAUUAAGUUCAAUGACAUGGACAGUCUGGGCCCUAUAAUGUUCGAUAGCCUACCUGUGACAAUUACGGCGUGAAGUGGACUUAGACAUUGCACAGUUUGCUAUAUAUUGUCUAGUGAGGGCGAAUUCGAAACUUUCCUCUAAGAUAUGCAAUAGCAAGCAUGUGCUACUCAACCACAUGAUGGCGAUUUAAAAGGUAAGAAAGUAUUAUUAACAUUGUAUAUGCCCAGAUCUAGGUGGGGUUAGCCACCUGGGGGGACCCUGGUCUGGAAAAUUUUCAUUUUCAGGCCUGUUCUCUUAAGAGUUCUUUGUAGGCCUAUAAAUAGGCUUGUAUACAGAGGUGUAUAUGUAUGAAGUUAAAAUUAUAUUAAUCUAAUAAGGUAAACAUUUUUAUUACAUACUGAUUUGUAGGCCUAUCAAUAUUGCAUUUCUGAGAGGGUGCAUUUUCCAUGUUUCAGCAAAACAAUGUUAUCAUCUGGACCAUUUUUAUUUUUAUCUCUGUCUCCUGAGGAGAAAUGCUUACUCUGCAACUGUGAAUUGUCUGGAAAGGAUGUAAAACCUAUUCAGCAGACUGGCUUUCAGACCCUAAACGAGACUGCAAAACUGUGGUCUGAAUGUGAUGGAGUUUGCAAAGAUGAGCCAUACAGGUCAUUCCAUGGGGCCUUGCAAAGCUCUUACAAUGUUUGUGAAGAAAGGAAGUAUAUUUGUGUUUAAAUUAAGGAUGAUGGCUGAAGAAAAAAAAUGCUUCUUGAAACAUCAGUAAGCUUCAUCAUUGUCUGGCUGGGGUUCGCUAUACUGUGUCACAUGAUGGCAAAACACACCUGGAGGACAGUGCUAUGUGCUCUGUUCCCCACAUGCAUAAACUCGCAGAAGAUCCCAACCAGCUGUGAUUUAAUAGGGGACAGAGAGUAUGCCCCUCAUUAUGCCCCUGGAAUGGGAUGUUCUUUAAGAGACCGUGGGUGUGAGAGGAGUCCAAAUAUACGGAUUUCGGGGCAUCACAGUGGCGCAGCUCCAGGGUCCUGGAUUCGAUUCUAAGCUCGGGUUGCUGUCUGUGUGAAGUUUUGCAAGUUCUCCCCCCGUCAGUGUAGGUUUCCUCUGGGUCCAAUGGUUUCUUCUUCAGCAA